CCGUGAUGAAAAAUAUUUUUUUCAAAAAAGAUUUUUUUUUUUUUUGGUUCUUUCCAGCCCUUCAUCUGUUGCCAUCGAUGCCAAUUAAUGAAUCCUUUCCAGUCCUUUCCCUUCUCCUUCCUCCUUUAGUUCCUCCUACUAGCCCCACUAUUAAUUAUCCCUUUGAGACUACUUUAAAUUACAGAGCCACCAACGAAAGUUCAUAUUCAUAUUAAUCAAACUCACCAUCAGGCUUAAAUUCUCUCUCUGAGCCAUACACAAAUGCCCACGACCAAGAACUCACAUAUGAUUUCAAUAGCAUUAAGAAGAUAUAGAAGUAUAGUUGGGCUUACUGCUAUUGUAGUUGUUCUGUUUCCUGAAACUUAUAUUGCCAUUCAAAACCCUUCUUCUUGCGGAACCAUUGGUAAUAUCAGCUACCCUUUUCACUUGAAAGGCCAUGCUCGUAGCUGGGGUGACCAUUACCACGAAUUGUCUUGUGAGAACAAUCGCACAACUAUGUACUUGUCUGCAGGAGCACUUAAAUACUAUGUCCAAGGCAUCUCUUACGAAAAGGGAUUCUUAAGAUUGGUAGAUGCCCAUCUAGACAACGAUCAGUGCUCUGUUCCCGCCAAUUCCUUCCCGCUUCUUUCCACUUACCCUUUCAAUUAUUAUUAUUAUGAUAAAUUUUAUGGAAUGAUUGAUUUUAUAUAUUUUGUGAGUUGUGCAAGCCCAGUGAAUUCUUCAAACUACAUAGAUUUCUCUUCUUGCGUCAACACCAAAACAAAGUCGUAUGUUGUGUUUAAUGUUUCAAGUGCAUUGGAAAUCCAUGACUCCUGCACCAUCAACGUUAUGUAUCCGUCGCCGUUCAUUGAAGUCCCGAGCAGCCUCACUAUUUCCGAUAUUCACCAGGAGUUGCUUCGAGGGUUUCAGCUUUGGUUUCGGAAUUAUGACCAACUUCCAUUCAGGAUGAGGUUAAAGUAUUUCCUUGAAGACUUUAUUUACCACCGCAAAAAGCACAAGAUCAUCACCGUAGGAGUCUACAUCAUACUAAGGAUUUCAAUUGGGCUGUUAUGCUUGAUUAUAUUGCUGGCAUAUAGAUUCCAGCGAAGACACUUGUCCAUCGAUGACACCAUUGAAAAUUUUCUUCAGAGUCAAAACAACUUCGUGCCAAUUAGGUAUUCCUAUUCAGAUAUAAAGAAAAUAACUACAAGUUUCCGGGAUAAGAUAGGUCAAGGGGGAUACGGGUCAGUGUUCAAAGGCAAGCUCCGAAGUGGUGAUCUUGUAGCAAUAAAAGUACUGGGCAUGUCAAAAGCCAAUGGGCAAGAUUUCAUUAGUGAAGUCGCCACGAUAGGAAGGAUUCAUCGUGUUAAUGUGGUGCGAAUGGUUGGAUUUUGUUCAGAGGGAUCUAAAAGAGCUCUUGUGUAUGAUUUCAUGCCUAAUGGAUCUCUUGAUAAGUUCAUUUUCUCACGUGGAGAAAAGACUCUACCAUUCAUUAAUUGGGAAAGAAUAUAUGAAAUUGCAGUUGGAGUGGCUCGAGGGAUUCAAUACUUACAUCGAGGCUGUGACAUGCAAAUUCUGCAUUUUGAUAUCAAGCCUCACAAUAUUCUUCUUGACCAAGGCUUUGUCCCAAAAGUUUCUGACUUUGGCCUGGCAAAAUUGUACCCAACAGAUGAUAGUAUUGUCUCUCUCACUACAGCAAGGGGAACACUUGGAUAUAUUGCUCCCGAACUGUUUUAUAAGAACAUUGGAGGUGUGUCAUAUAAGGCUGAUGUUUAUAGCUUUGGUAUGCUAUUGAUGGAAAUGGUGGGGAAAAGGAAAAAUUGGAAUGCUCAUGCAGAGCACACAAGUCAAAUAUACUUCCCAUAUUGGAUUUAUGACCAUAUCAAGCAAGGAGAGGACUUGCAGUUGGGACAUGCGAAUGAACAAGAAAGAAGUUGUGUGAGGAAGAUGAUCAUAACUGCAUUGUGGUGCAUACAACUGAAGCCCGUGGAUCGUCCCACCAUGAGUGAAGUACUGCAAAUGCUAGAAGGGGGGGAGGAGCUACUGCAAAUGCCUCCCAAGCCUUUCCUAUAUUACAAUGAUGCGUCAGUACAUGAUCAAACAGACAACAACGCAUUAGGGGUACCAACUUCAUCCCAUGCUGAUAUGAGCAUAACAAUUGAUGAUAUGCAAAGGUAGUAUUGUGUAAUUUUGAACUUAAUUAAGCAUGUCAAAUUAAUUAAAACGUAUAUAAAGUCUACUUGUCCAAAGAAUAAUAAAAUCACUUUCAUAUUCUCCA